AAAUGACCCAGGUUGUGCUGGGCAAGGGGCAACCUGAUGGGGUUCAGUAGUCACCUGGGUAGCUUCCACCUCCACUGCUGUCCUGGCCUUCAGGAGGAGCCCUCACCUUCGCCUCUGCACUGGAGUGUUGGGUGUCGUGCCAGGCUAGGUGCUGCUGAGAUGUGGAGACUCUACCAAGGCUGAGAGCAGAGGUGAAGGACUUCCAGGUCUGUGGGGUAACCGACCUGUCAGCCUGGUCACCUGCCCCAUGCCUCAUGCUUACAACCUUGUACUUGGAAAAGCAGGUGACCUUCCCAAGGGCUGGGGUGAGCCAGCUCUGCCUUUGCCUGCACUGGUGUCACCUGGGGUCAAUGCUGGCCCGACACUUGUCAGUGCCAUAGGCCCACUCUGGCCUUGUCUGUUCCAGGCAGGAUGUAUUCUGGGCUAUGUUCUUGCAGGAAACCAAAACCCCUUGGAACCUAUGCCUUUGUCCUGCUCCUGCAUUCCAAGGCCUCGGGCCAUACCUAGCUUCAGCUGUGUCCUGGGCCCCAUUUCCCCUUCCCGUGGGCCCAUAGUUGCCACCCUGCCCCUGCCCAGCGUGGCCUGUGCUUCACUUUGUGCAAGAGAAUGCCGUGUGUGCCCCCAGCUCCACUCACACCUGUGCUGGUACCGUGGUCACACUGGGUCCUCCUGGGAUCUGGUGAUGGCCUUAAGGCUCUGACAUCCAUCCCCACUGCAAGGGGCCCCUGUCUGCAUCCCGCCACACCACUGCCACGCCACCGCCACCAUGGCCACCACCUGGCCCCCAAACAGGGUGUGCCUUUGUCCUAACCAGGAUGUAAACCUGUUGAACUGGACUGGCAGGGUAGAGGUGCCAGCACUUGACCAAAGGCACUCCUGUCCUGCAUUCUUUUGAAAGUGUCCUGAAAACCAGGGAGUGUCCUAGGUCACAGCAUGGCUGCCAGCCUUUCUUAGUAACCCCUGCAGGGGACAUCUGUGCCUGCCCUUGGAGAGCACUACAGACCAGGGGAACCUGGAAUCCCACUAGCCUGGCAGUACAUUUGCUCUCAGUGCCACCCCAACUUGGCAGGUCUUGAAGAGCAGGGUGGGGUGGCUCUGGGCAGCUCGGAACAGCAGGUGCAGGGACGUGGCCCACAGAGGUUAACCCUGAACAUGCCAGCCUGAGGUAGCUGGCUCUCUGGUCAGAAGAACUGAUACUUGACACAGAGGGCUUCAGAUUAAUGGUGGCCAGUACCCUUGGAUGCUGCCUGCAGCCAUUUCUGAGUGGCUGCUCCCAAAAGGGUGUUCUGGACAUACGGCUGGGGAACCUUGUCAGGCAGGUGUAGCGUGCCCCUGGAUCCUUCCCAACUGAGGGUCCCUAUGCGUGCCAGUGGGCUUCACAACCUGGGCUCUGUGGGCAAUGUGGUCUCAACCUUGCCAGAAGCAGCAGUGAGGGCCACCAGAUGCACUUUCACCCCCACCCUUCUGCCCCUUGGCCCCUCCCUGUCCCAGCCCUGGGGGCCAAGACACACAGCCUGCCUGUGCCCAGACCCAGCUCUGCUGCCUAAUGGUGCAAGGAGACCACAUCAAGGCCACUGUCCCUGCACUGGACAGUCCAACCACACUGCCUGCGAGGUCCCCAGGGCUCUGACCCCCACCUGUGCUAGCUCAGAUUCCCCACCCAGGGCUCCUCAAACUCCAGUGCCCAAGCACGAGGGAAGUUAAGCCAGCCAUGAGCCCCGUGGCCCCACCCCCACCCACCCCAGCCCCACUGUGAGGUCAGAACCUCCCUACGAGUUCCGUCUAGAUCUGUGUGCGGGGCUGGGCUGGACAUGGUCCCCUGUCCCCAGCCUGACUCCUGCUUGGCCGGCAGCCCCCUGGGCCUGAUAUGUUUGUCCUUGCUCAUCCCUGCUGCAGCUGAGACCGGCUGUGACUGCACUCUUGGCCUCAGUCGGGAAGCCCUCAUCGCCCUCAUUGUGGUGUUGGCCGGCAUUGGUGCCAGCUGCUUCUCUGCGCUGAUCAUUGUGGCCAUCGGUGUCUUUCGAGCCAAGGAUGAAACCUGCCCCAGACACAUGGAAAGCAGGUUGGUGGAGCACUACGGGGCCCAGGAAGACCGCAUGGACAUGCGCUCGAUGCGCGUGGACUCCCACCUUGACCUGGCGGUCCCCAUGAUGCAGUCCGUGGAGGAACAUCAUGUCCUCAUGGAAGACGUUGUAGAGUAGCCACCCCAUCCCCUGUGUAGGGCAUAGUGCCAGGCAAGGAAAUAAAAAG